AUGCGCAUAGCCAAAGCAGAGUUCGAAGCCAUGCUCCGGGAGGGAAUCGCCCGCCCCUCCUACGGCCCAUGGGCCUCGCCACUUCACCUCGUCCCUAAGAAGACCGAAGGCUGGCGGCCCUGUGGGGACUACCGUGCCCUCAACGCCCGCACAAUCCCGGACAGGUACCCCGUUCACCGCAUACAGGACUUCGCCCAUUGCAUUUCCGGCUGCCACGUUCUUUCCGUGCUAGACUUGGUCAAGGCCUACACUCAGAUACCCGUCAACCCGGACGACGUCCCGAAAACUGCAAUUAUUACUCCUUUCGGCUUGUUCGAGUUUCCCUUCAUGAGCUUUGGCCUGAGGAACGCUGGACAAACCUUUCAACGCUUCAUCGACGAAGUCGUCCGCGGCCUCGACUUCUGCUUCGUCUAUCUUGACGACAUAUUGGUCUUUUCCCGCAACACCGACGAACACCACAGGCACCUUCGUCUGCUUUUCCAACGCCUCGAUGACCACGGCUUACUCGUCAAUGUCCCAAAGAGCACGCUCGGCGCUUCAGUCGUGAAAUUCCUCGGCCAUGAAGUCUCAUCAGAGGGAACUCGACCCUUACCUCAAUGCAUCUCAGACAUGCACAAUUACACUCAACCAACCACCGCUAAAGACCUUCGCCGUUUCCUCGGCAGGCUGAACUUUUACAGGCGUUUUUUGCCACACGCAGCCGAAUACCAGGCUCCCCUCCAUGAUGCCUUGGCUGGUCUACGAGGAAACCAACCUGUCACGUGGACACCGGCUUUAACGGAACUUUUCGAAAAAUGCAAAGCUGCUCUUUGCACUGCCACACUUCUCUCCCAUCCUGUGCCAGACGCUCCCUUGGGGCUCUUCACGGACCCCUCUAGCAUCGCCGCAGGCGCCGCCCUUAUGCAGCACGUAGACAACACCUGGCAUCCCUUGGCGUUCUUCUCCAAGAAACUCUCAGCUCGCAAAACGACCCCUUCUGCGGCCAGUCCCACCGACGAAACCACGACCACCGCGCCGUCGAGUUCACCAGCUUACUACAGAGAACUUCUGGCGAUAUACGAAGCAGUUCAGCACUUUCGCCACAUUCUCGAAGCACAACACUGCACUAUCUACACCGACCAUAAACCUCUGACCUACGCCUUCUCUCUGCGCCGCGACAAACUCCCGCCGGUCCAGCAGAACCAGCUCUCGCUCAUCGCCCAGUUUACCACCGACAUCCAACAUGUCAGCGGGAAGGACAACGUGGUAACCGACGCGCUUUCACGUGUGGCAGCUAUUAGCCCUUCGCAGAUAACAGCUGAUGUCCUCUCCGAGGCUCAGACUACGGACGCUGAACUGCAGGAGCUUCUUAGGGCGGGUCCUCGCUACACCUGCAGCAAGUCCCCAUACCUGAAUCGACAAAGACUAUCGACUGCGACAUAUCAACAGCACGAAGCAGGCCUUACGUGCUCCUUUCCUAUCGCCGUGGCCUCUUUAACCAGCUACAUAAUCUCAGCCAUCUCGGCAUACGCGCCUCUGCACGCCUCGUGGCUGAGCGCUAUGUCUGGCCCUCCAUGCAGCGGGAUUGCCGCACCUGGGCGCGCUGCUGCAUUCAAUGCCAGCGCGCGAAAGUCACCAGUGCCCUUGCCUCCAGCUGGACGCUAUCGCUACUGCCUCACCGCCAUCGAUCGGUACACUCGAUGGCCUGAGGCAUGGCCCCUCGAGGGAAUCACUGCGGAAGAGGUCGCCUCGGCGUUCUUCGCCGGCUGGAUUGCCCGAUUCGGGCCCCCUUGCCGCGACACCACCGACCAAGGACGACAGUUUGAAUCGCACCUUUUCCGGCUGCUCGGGCUGACCAUCGGGUUCGAACGCUCGCGGACCACCAGCUACCACCCAUGCGCCAACGGGAUGAUCGAACGUUUCCACCGACAGUUCAAAGCAGCCAUCAUGUGCCACCCGGACUCAACCUGGCCUGAAGCCAUCCCAGCCGUCACCCUAGGUCUUCGCGCCACCUUCAAGCCCGACAUUCAGGCUACACCCGCAGAGCUCGUCUACGGGAAACCCCUCCGUCUCCCAGGCGAAUUUCUUGCUGCACCGCCAUCCACCACCGCGACGUCAAAUCCCACCGAUUUCAUCGCCCGGCGCCGACGCACCAUCGCUGCCCUCCGCCCCUCACCUGCAGCUCACCACUGUAAGACCGCCCCCUUCGUCUUCAAGGAUCUGGCAACGUGCUCGCACACUUUUCUCCGCGACGACACCGUCCGCCGGCCUUUACAGCCACCUUACAGCGCACCCUACCCAGUUCUCCGUCGCGAAGACAAAACCUUCACCCUGCUCAUUAAAGGGAACGCCGUCCGCGUCUCUAUCGACCGGCUGAAGCCGGCCUACACCGAUUCCGCCGAACCAGGGAAUACCAGUACACCCACAGACGUGCAUCCACGUCCGCCGACAUCUCCGCCUUCUUCUGUCACAACACGCAGCGGACGUCGCGUACGCUGCCCAGAUUUUUUCAAGCCCUGA